GGCGGCAGGGACCAGCAGUUACUGGGAAGGUGAGGGCGAGAAGGCCUCCGGGUGCGUUCCACGAGGGUGAGAGGGGCUGAGUGAGGACAGAUCUUGGGAGAAGCAGCAGAGGAAAGAACCAGACCCCCGGAGCGGCCGAGCUGAGCAGCGGGGCUUGCCUAAGUGGGAUCCCCGGGGCCUUGGGGAUACCGAACGGUCUGGGGCAGGGGUCUGGCCUGGCCGGGGCGUGUGAGCGGGACGUGGGGCAGGGGUUGGGCAGAGUGGACAGAGCGGGGAUGUAGAGGAAGAGGGCUCUCAAUCGCCUGGGUAGAAUUGUGUUGAGGGAGUAAUGGAACUCGGACGAAGGGGCUUGGGGUACGAACUCUGACAGGAAACGAAUGUUGAGGGAGAAGAUCCAGAGCCCCGGAGACUGGAGGAGUCAGCGCAUUGGAGCUGAGGUCACUGUUGGAAAACUGAGUGGGAAAAGAGAAGGAGGAACUUGCAUUCCGGUCCGUCGGAGGAAGUAUGAAGAGAAUAGGAGACAGAAUGUCUCUUAUUGGGUCCCCAUGACAACUACAGAUCUCAGGAAACAGGCUCGACAGCUGGAAAAUGAACUUGACCUGAAACUAGUUUCCUUCAGCAAACUAUGUACAAGUUACAGUCAUAGCAGUACCCGAGAUGGAAGACGCGACAGUUCUGAUACAACACCCCUUUUAAAUGGAUCAAGCCAAGACAGAAUGUUUGAGACAAUGGCGAUUGAGAUUGAACAACUUUUGGCAAGGCUUACAGGGGUAAAUGAUAAAAUGGCAGAAUAUACCAACAGUGCAGGUGUCCCCUCCUUGAAUGCAGCCCUGAUGCAUACAUUACAGCGGCAUAGAGACAUAUUGCAGGAUUAUACACAUGAAUUCCAUAAAACCAAAGCAAACUUUAUGGCAAUACGGGAAAGGGAGAAUCUCAUGGGAUCAGUACGAAAAGAUAUUGAGUCAUAUAAAAGUGGGUCUGGAGUAAACAACAGAAGAACUGAGCUAUUUUUGAAAGAACAUGACCACCUUCGAAACUCAGAUCGUCUGAUAGAAGAGACAAUAAGCAUUGCUAUGGCAACAAAAGAAAAUAUGACUUCACAGAGAGGAAUGUUGAAGUCAAUUCACAGCAAAAUGAACACUUUGGCCAAUCGUUUUCCUGCUGUAAACAGCCUGAUCCAGAGGAUCAACCUGAGGAAGCGGCGGGACUCGCUCAUCCUAGGGGGUGUUAUUGGGAUCUGUACCAUCCUGUUGCUGCUGUAUGCGUUCCAUUGAUGGGACAUCUUCAGGGACUCUUGACAACCACCGCUUUCACGCCCUGGUCUGGAAUAAGGAAACGUCGGAGGGAGAAGUUGACUGUCUUGAUAAUUAGCCUGAUCAGCAGGAUGAAUGCAAGACUGACAGUGAUGGACUCUGUGACAUGGUCAGGUUGAGCUGAAGCCACAGUUUCUCUGUGCUGUGUUUUCUAACACAUUUUUCUGUUUUUAAUUAAAAAAAAAAAAAAGUUUUCAGUUGCUUUUGUCUCCCUAGGAGGCAGGUAAACCAAUCAAAAACAGAGUUUUCUGUGUUUCCAUGAUAGUGUUGAAGCCUAAUGACAAGCCAGGUCUUACAGCUGGGCUCUUCAGAAAACCAGGUUUCUACAUCCAAAGACUGCUUUUUCUUUUAGCUGCCAGAUUGGAUUGUGAAUAAAAAUAAUUCUCCUCUCCCUCUCCCUCUCCCCCUCCCUCUCCCCACGGUCUCCCUCUUUCCACAGUCUCCCUCUGGUGCCGAGCCGAAGCUGGACUGUACUGCUCUCAUCUCGGCUCACUGCAACCUCCCUGCCCGAUUAUCCUGCCUCAGCUUGCCGAGUGCCCGCAAUUGCAGGCGCGCGCCGCCACGCCUGACUGCCUCGGCCUCCUGAGGUGCCGGGAUUGCAGACAGAGUCUCGUUCACUCAGUGCUCAAUGGUGCCCAGGCUGGAGUGCAGUGGCGUGAUCUCGGCUCGCUACAACCUCCACCUCCCAGCCGCCUGCCUUGGCCUCCCAAAGUGCCGAGAUUGCAGCCUCUGCCCGGCCGCCACCCCGUCUGGGAAGUGAGGAGCGUCUCUGCCCGGCCGCCCAUCGUCUGGGAUGUGAGGAGCCCCUCUGCCUGGCUGCCCAGUCUGGAAAGUGAGGAGCAUCUCUGCCCGGCCGCCAUCCCAUCUAGGAAGUGAGCGUCUCUGCCCGGCUGCCCCGUCUGAGAAGUGAGGAGCCCCUCCGACCGGCAGCCGCCCCGUCUGAGAAGUGAGGAACCCCUCCGCCCGGCAGCCACCCCAUCUGGGAAGUGAGGAGCGUCUACGCCCGGCAGCCACCCCGUCCGGGAGGGAGGUGGGGUCAGCCCCCCACCAGGCCAGCCGCCCCGUCCGGGAGGGAGGUGGGGGGGUCAGCCCCCCGCCCGGCCAGCCGCCCCGUCCGGGAGGGAGGUGGGGGGGUCAGCCCCCCGCCCGGCCAGCCGCCCCGUCUGGGAGGGAGGUGAGGGGCGCCUCUGCCCGACCGCCCCUACUGGGAAGUGAGGAGCCCCUCUGCCCUGCCACCACCCCAUCUGGGAGGUGUGCCGAGCAGCUCAUUGAGAAUGGGCCAUGAUGACAAUGGCGGUUUUGUGGAAUGGAAAGGUGGGGAGAAGAUUGAGAAAUCGGAUGGUUGCUGUGUCUGUGUAGAAAGAAGUAGACAUGGGAGACUUCAUUUUGUUCUGUACUAAGAAAAAUUCUUCUGCCUUGGGAUCCUGUUGAUCUGUGACCUUACCCCCAACCCUGUGCUCUCUGAAACAUGUGCUGUGUCCACUCAGGGUUAAAUGGAUUAAGGGCGGUGCAAGAUGUGCUUUGUUAAACAGAUGCUUCAAGGCAGCAUGCUCCUUAAGAGUCAUCACCACUCCCUAAUCUCAAGUACCCAGGGACACAAACACUGCGGAAGGCCGCAGGGUCCUCUGCCUAGGAAAACCAGAGACCUUUGUUCACUUGUUUAUCUGCUGACCUUCCCUCCACUAUUGUCCUAUGACCCUGCCAAAUCCCCCUCUGCGAGAAACACCCAAGAAUGAUCAAUUUAAAAAAAAAAAAAAGACGAAAAAAAUAGUAAUUCUUGUCCUCUUAUUUUACACUCAUAAUGAGAAAUCACAAGUUCUUUCUUGAUCUGUGCUAUAGAUUUCUACUCUGUCUCCUCAACUCUGUUGAUAUUUGGGGAAAAUUCUGUUUUUCAUAGAUUCUUUUGAGAUGGUGAUGGACCAGCUUCAGCAUGUUUGAGGUUGUCUGAAAUGGAGAUCACUGUAAAACUGUCUUUUUCUUUUACAUUACAAGUACACUGGGGUUAACUGUAUUGCUGGAAAAACAUCAAGAAUGGCAUUCUUAUAUUUAAGGCACCAGUCAUUGUUUCCAUUUUUUUUUUAAUUCUUCUCUUGGAUUAAUAUUUUCUACUGAAAAGAAGUGAAAUCUCAGUUCCACUAUGAUAAACGAAUCGCCAGUGUCUGUCAGUGCCCCCACUGCUCCUCCUCAUACCAGCAUUGACACUGGUAGCUGAGGAAGGGGACUGCUCAAUUUCUAAUGUGAUCUAUUCAAGAAGCCACAUAUAAAAAGGCAUUGAGGGCUCACUGUCCAGAGAAUUGCAUUUGUAAAUGCUCCACAACGUAUGGGCAAAAGUUUAAGGGCUACUGCCUGAUGUACCAGGAAUCCUGAGUUCUGUGAAAAUCUGUUCAUUCCAAAUCUGUUAAGCAUUUCCAAACAUCCAGAAAAUGGUUUCACUGUUGAGGGUGCAUGUGGCAGAAUGUCUCUCUCUGCACCCGUCUUCUGUUACCAUCCCUGGACAGUGACAGAUUUUAAGCCAGCCACCAGAAUUCUUUUUGAGUUAACCAUUUCUUAGUUUCUGUAAAUUCAUGACUUGUGUUACUGAACUACAGCCUGGUUUGUAGACUUCCAACAUCUACACUGCUGCUCUUCACCAUUGGAAUUCACUGUGGUAUUUAUAGUAUUGGCUUCAGUCUGAGCCACAGGCAAUAAAAGGAUAUCAGCUGUAGUUGUCAGCUACAUCAUGGUGUAUAGAUGCUGUUAUUCAGGCGAACUUGCUCAUGGGUGGACUAACACCUGGUUUGGUACAGAGACUGAGAAGUUUUUCAUUCUGGUGUCAAAGUUUUGUUACAUUAUGGGUGUGAAGGGCAUUUGAUAUAUUUUUCUUAACUAUGGGGUUUAUUUUUCUAAAUGUGGGUUGAUUGACUGUUUAUUGAUUCAGCGUACCCUUAAAAGAAAAGUUUUCCCAUUGUGAACCUUAAAUGAUCAGAGAAGUAAGUUCAUUGAUUAAAUUCUCUGUUGGGAGAACAAAACUUUUCUCCCUUGACACUUUAUUAUCUUUGAUUUUUCAAAGGGCCUUGAUUGGUGGUUGUGUCUCGGUUAAAAUUUAUGGGACUUUGCUAUGUAGUUGGCAUUUAUAAAAUCUGAAGUAUCAUAAAUAAAGUUAUUUAUUUAAUUAUACUACCAGUCUUUUUUACUGGUCUGAUUCUUUGGUGCAUUCAUUAAAGCUGAUUGUGUGAGAGUGAACUGGGACACAAGCUAGUCUAGCUCACUGCAGCCAAGCAAACCCUGUUGAUGGCUGAUGGGCCUUUCCAUUAGGGUUUUGCUUAUGUGAAGUAAUGGAAUUAUGUUGGUUAUUUUCUUUAUGAAAAUAAACCAGUUCUUCCAAGGAAGUUAAAAGGCUUGGUGUAGAUGUUGGUGUCAGAUAGGUCUGACUAACCUCUCCGUGCUGCAGCCCAUACUAAGGUGACCCAGGGCCACAUGCAGACAGCUAGGCCAGUGCUUUUUCCUCUUAGGGUUUCUUUGCAGAAAGAAACCUCCAGCAAGGGAAGAGAGGUGUGUGUCCACAGGAAGGGGCUCCGUGGGGAUCCCAUGAAGGGAUUUGAGCUCUUUCAGCUCCAUGUCAUUUAACUUUUUUGUUUAACCAACCACCUUGGCUUUCUCUCCUUUUUUGCUGUCCUCCUUACGGACCAGUUACCAGAUUCAGAGGCUAACAGUUAGUUACUUGUUAAUGCUAGUCACAGCCAGGAGGUCAGAAGGAAUUUUCUACUUCUGGAUCCAAAUGUUACCUCUUAGGGGAAGUUAUGCCCCCUCAACUAUUGUCUUAUUAUAAUGAAUCUUUCCUUUUUGGUCCUUUUAAGUAACCACUCAAAACUUUUCAUUUCACUGAAAAAAUAUGAAAAACCAUGACAAUAGGGCUGGGUGCAGUGGCUCACGCCUAUAAUCUUAGCACUUUGGGAGACCAAGGCAGGCGGAUCGUUUGAGGCCAGGAGUUUGAGACCAGCCUGGGCAAUGUAGCAAGACUCUGUCUCUACAAAAAAAAUUAAAAGAUUAGCCUGGCAUGAUGGUGAGUGCCUGUGGUCCUAGCUCACAGCUACUGAGGCUGAGGCCAGAGGAUCACUUGAGCCCGGGAGUUCAAGCCUUCAGUGAGCCAUGAUUGCACCACUGCACGCCAGCCUGGAUGACAGAGUGAGACCCUGUUUCCAAAAAAAAAAAAAAAGAAAAAGAAACAUGGCAACGAAAAGGCAGGAAAUUCCAAAAGACAUAUUUCUGACAUUUUGUUUUAAUGUGUACUGAUGACUUUAGUAAAAAUGUGUAAUAAAUUCACCACUCAAGUUCAAACUCAGAUCCAAGUGCUUUCGCUUAUCUAUCGUGGCAAUCUCUACAUUCUUGUCAAUUCCUAUUAAUGGUGCUGGAGGACUCCCUGUAAUCUGCAUUUGUUCACCUUUUCUUUCCCUCAUGUUAGAAAGGGGCUUUCCUUCUCUAUGAUUCUGCUGUCUUUUUCCAUACUGCCUGGUACUCGGAUCAGGCAUGAAAGAAAACACAUAAGAAUGGAGACAGGUGAUGAGAGGAGAUACUAUGAGAGCAAUCCUUAUACGUGGAACCAAAUAAUACUUUAGCUCUUUCAUACUGGGUGUGAAUACAUCUGAAUAGAAAAAGAUACUUACUGAGCCUUUUGAUGCAGUGGCUCUUGGCCUCUAUGGAAUUCAGGCACCUUGGGUUUGCCUUCCCACUAUUAAUUUUCUGUUUCAGUGUUAGUGAUCUCAACCUGAUGAAAAUGACUUUAAAGAACUGGACUAGCUUUUUGGUUUCUGAUAGCUCAUUUGAUCAUCAGGUAUGAUUUUUGGAAAUGGAUUGAGUCUUCUAACUUGGAAGAUUAAGUUGUUGCGGAUAACUGGCCAUGUCUAGUGUUACACUGAAUUUUCUGGCAAAUGUAAGUAAAGAACAAAUGGAUUCUGCUCAGAAAGUUAGAAUCAUUGUGUUCCACUCUCCUGUUAAGAGUUGUUUACCCUGGUCUCCAAAAAGAUGCAGAACUUUUCAUCACAGUGUUAAUAAACUAAUCUUGUUUAUUCCUUUAUAAACCUGCAUACUCUUUAAGUUUUGUAGGCAAAAAGAACAUGAGGGAGGAACAAGUGAAUUUUGAGUUUAGCGGAUAAGAAGCUUAAAGCUGAGCCAUGCAUGGUCUUGAGGGAUCUUUCUCGUUUUCUCUGUAUCUGAGAGCUCACUUUAAUAUCAAGGUAUUUGCAUCCAUUCCCACCCUGUUAGCUCUUAAGGGAGGAGGGAAAUCAAUUCCAACCAGACUUUCCUGUGAUGGAAGAUGUUUCCUCUUGAAAAAAUGCCAAUACAGAUUUUUAAAACCUAUUGUUUUCCAAAUGCACUUUGUAAGUUUUUGCUUUUAAAAUAGCUUCUUGGAGCCAAUUUUAUUGUAUUUGUACUUAAUUUUUGUUCUCAUCUAAAUGUGCAUUUUCUGACUGUAUAGAAGAAGCUUUGGUAUGUAAUUUAAUAAUAAAUUAGAAGUCUAAAUGA